AUGAUGGCACAGCCUCUCAAGAAAGAACGUCAUCCCAAUUACAAUAGUCGCAAUGGCCGCAAUGAUAUCGGCAUGGUAUGGCUUGCAGGCGAGGUACAAUUCAGCAAUAACAUAAAACCCAUUUGUCUACCAAGUUCGGCGCAAUUACGCAGCAAAUCCUAUCUCAAUUAUAACCCCUUUGUUGUGGGUUGGGGCAAAACCAUGGAAGGAGGCGCCUCCUCGAAUGUCCUGCAAGAGCUACAAGUACCUAUACUCGCUAAUAGAGUCUGUCGCGAUAGUUAUAGACGCAUGAAUCGGCUAGUCACUGAAAAUCAAUUCGAUGAGGGCGUAAUAUGCGCCGGUGUGCUAUCCGGUGGGCAGGAUACGUGUCAAGGUGACUCAGGUGGACCGCUGAUGGCGCCAGAGACCAUUGAUGGCAGCGUGCGUUUUUAUCUGAUCGGUGUCGUCGCGUAUGGCGUGGGUUGUGCGCGUCCAGAAAUUCCCGGCGUUUAUUCGAGUGUGCAAUAUUAUAUUGAUUGGAUUUUGGCAAAUAUGGCUACCUAA